CAAAAAAAAAAAAAAAAAUGGCACACCAAAUAAAUGUAUGUUUGUAAGUUUGGUUUAGUCAGCGUCAAUCUGCGCCGUUCUCUUUGAAGGCUGCGUUGAUGGAAGGGGUGACUGCACCAAUGUCACUGCUCGACGCUCUGCGCUCAAAACUUGUCAGGCUUGACUUUCCUUGUUGACGCAAUACACGGAGGGGAUGUGCCGCAACACUGCAGCUAAAGCAGGGAGGAUGUAGGCACUUGCACAGCCAUACCAGUGACAUGUAAUGGCUGCACCGCUUGUUUGGGUGGAACAAAAGCAGGGGAUGUGGGCACUUGCACAGCCAUACCAGUGACAUGUAAUGGCUACACCGCUUGUUUGGGUGGCUCAUGAAUAACAACAUAAUGAAGUUAAACAAACGCAAAUUUUUGUGAGAGGAGGAGCAAAGGGAUUUAUGUUGUAGCAUUGUUUGAGUGACCACUAUGUGUAUUAAGUACAGAAGUGACUUGUUAUACUAGAAGCACCGCAGGAUAGCAGAGCUGCGUUAAAAAGACACUUAGUGUUGACAAACUUGUCUUGCAGGAAAGAUAAGGAACGGUGCAAACGAAAGCAGAAGCUAGACUAGAGGAAUAAUGGCAGAGGUGAGGCAGCAACAUGGUGAGGAAGACAGCAGAGGAGAAUAUGACUGGGGCAGGAGGUGGUUAGUUAAAGCAAGCACAGGGCCAGUGUAGUGAAGGCCUCUGCUCUCACCAACACUGUCAGCUAAGGCCACAGAGAUCACUGGUCGGGUUUUUUAGUGUUUCUCCUGUCAGUAAUGUAAAAAAAAAAAAAAAAUGUUAAUCUGUCACUAGAAGCGUCAAAACCUCCUUAGUAGCCCGUCUCACUUGAAGCAGAGCCUUGUGGCUGUAGUGGUGGUGCGGUGCAGAAAGGCUGCACAACACUAGCUUGUGUAGAGGCGAGAGGCGAUGGAACGCUUCAUUAUGGAGUGGUGUAGAUGUGAGCGACACAGAGGCACACUUUUAGAGAGGCAAUUCUGGGAGCCACAGGUGAACCAGCGUGGUGGUGGCAGACCACACCAGACAAGGGAGGAGGUGCUUACACACAGAGGCAGCUGGCAGUGCUGCCAGUGUGUCGUGGCAAGGAAGAAAGGGAAGGGACCCUAAAAGAGAUGAAAAAGUCCCUUGUGCACGCCUGGGAAGUACGCCUGAGGGAGUUUAGGUGUUAAAUUAGAGGAGACAUGUUGACUCUGUGCUCUCUAGCGGCUGACUUGCGGAAGACGUCACGAGAACAAUAAGAUCAAGAUUAAGAACAUCGUCAUUGUUCUCCUCCCGACUUUGUGAGAAGGGAAAUUGAGUGCACCAGCAUGGGAGGUGCUAAGAUCCAAGACGUCAAGAGGAAAGUCAAGGAAGAAGUGCAAGAAAUGGAAGAGAGAAGCCUGCUAGUUGUCCAAGGAGGAGGCAACAACUUAGUAGAGGCAGGUGCUGAAGACACAGUAAAGGCAGUGAUAGAAGCAGUGAGGGCAGCAGAAGAAAAGAUGUGUUUGGCUGUGGUGGGGGUCCUGCGGCGCCCACGGGAAGGAGUGCAGUAUGAGAAAGUCAGAAGAGAAAUGAACCGCAAGAUAUGCAUGGAACUCAUGAAGGUCAAAAUGGAAUGGAUGGCAGGGAAGAAGGGCAACGUGAGCUUCCUGGACAUGGAUGGGAUCCUCGACCAGGACAAAUUCUUCGGGAGAGACGGGGUCCACCUCAACCACAACGGGAAUGAGAGGCUAGGACGUCGACUGGCCGAGUGGAUGAGGGCGAGGCAGGUGUGUUGUGUGGACGACGCAUGA